UUGAUAUAUACAAUAGUAAAAGCGCUACAUGAAAGCUGAGAACCAAUGAAAUGUAAAUGGAGUAUAAUCAAGACAUACAGAUUAGGACAAGUAAAACCAGACAAACUGACCAUCUGAAAAGCCAAGUAAAUAACAUAUUCACAGAUAACUUUGACUAUCCUGAGGAUGCAACUGAGGAAGAGCAAGAAGAUUUACCUUAUGAUGGAGACCUAAAAAAACCUUCUCACCACAAUAAUGAAUCCAAUAACUUGAAAGCUUAUGUUUCUGUAGAAAACAUUUCUGAUAACUUCUUAAAUUUAACCUGUUCUGAAAUGAACAGAAAUUUAAAUGAAGAAAUAAAUUACAAAACACAAUACCUACCUCAAGAAAAAGUCUUCAGUCACUGUACAUCUGCCACAAGAACAAAUGAAAUAACAACUGAAAAGGCAAUAGAAGCUCCUGUGUGUGGUACGUCUUUGGAGAUGGAAUUAUCAGUUGGAGCAUGUAGAAUCCCAGACAGGAAGGAACAUUUCAUCAACUCUAAAAUUUCUGAUCUUCUUUUGCAUCACUUUUCCAAAGAAGAGUUAUCAAACACAAGCCAACUGAUUGAUUGUGAGACUAUCCCAGAGUUAUCCUUUGCUGAAAGUGUGGAUGAAACUGUCCUCACUAAAACUAGAAUUUCAGAAUGCACUAAGGCCACUUUUCUAACAGAACAGUGGGCAAAACAUUUUGAAGAUGAUUGCUUAAACAUACAAGAAGAAAUAUAUCAAGAUGACUGCAAAUAUAAACAUUUACUAGAUGACAAUAAAUGUGUUAUAGAUGACAGGGCUACUUCUUAUGGUGAAGAGAGAGACUGCAUACAAGAAAAUUCACAGCUGACAGCUGAAAAUGAAGAUGCAAAUAAUUUCCAAAACAUAAGAAAAAAUCACACUAAUCAAAAAGGUUUGUUUGAAAGAACAGGUUCAUCUCACGAACUCAAAUAUGGCCAAGGCCAAGUUAAUUAUUGUCUUCCUGACUUCUCUAAAGUUGCAUCAAAGGUCAAAAUACCAAAAAGAAAUAACAAUGAUAAAUCAGCUCCCAAAAUGAAAAGAACCAAAUUCUCACCUAAUUUGGUUGGUAAAUCAGCAAUUGUGAAAGAUGUUUUAGAAACUAUGAAUUAUUUUGAUUCUGUUAAAGUAAAGAAUCAAGAAGAAGAAGGAAUGAAAAUUCCUGAACUUUUACAACAGAUAGAGUUGCUGACCAAACAUGCUGAGGAUCAGAAUUGUAUUGAUCAUUGGAGGUUUGAUGCUAAGAUAUAUCCUCAUUCAGAUUCUCCUAAUCCAAAUCUUUCCAUUCACUCAAGAUGUAUGGGUGCAGCUUCUGAAGUGUCUAUAUUUCAUCCCCUUUCGGUUCCUAUCCAGCCUAUGGUUGGUGUGUCCCAAUCAUCUUUUUCAGGAUUACAAGAUGGGAGAAUGAUUUCAUCAUUGCCAUCAGCCACUGCAGCAGGAGAAAUACAUUGUUCAAAUCCUAACUCAAUGGAAAAUACAACAAAAGGAGAAAAGAUGUCUCAGAUGCUAAAGGAACAGGCAGAGCAACUGAAAACUAAAGUAGAAGAAUUUUCUAAAUGUGUAAUACAGGAGACCUUACCUUUGCAAGAUCGCUGUCUGGCAUUACAGGAACUAAAAGGAUGCCUUGAUACAUUGGAACGGAAUUAUUUAGCCACUAAGGAAAAGCAUCGUGGUUUACAGCUACAGAACUACAAUCACAAAUCCACAAGCAUUGGCAAGUUUGAUCCUGACAGGUCAGAGAUGCCUGCAAAUAAUAUAAAGUUGGAGGGGGAAAUAUUUAGGCUUGGAAUGCUGCUUGAAGAUGUCAAAGAGAAAAUCGAUGACAAUAGAUGUAGUCCAUAUCCAUCUUCAUUCACAUCUCCUACAUCUCCUUCACUCACUCCAUGUGAAUCUGUGUGGUCAUCCAGUUCUUGUGUUCCUGAGAGCCCCACAGUUUCAAUCAUUAGUGAUCCUCCAGAAAGGUCUGCUAUUGAAGUAAAUUUUCAUAAUAAUAAUAAAAGGAAUGAGGAAGAGAAUAGAAGUCAUGUGACUGACGUGAUCCCUAAGAAAACCAGUCAGCUUUCUUUACAAGAUGACAAUUGUGAUCCUUUUCCUAAAAUCCAGUUGGUAUUACAAAAAAGAGAUGCAUCUGCCUUUGUAAGAGGAAUGGAGCCUCUGGAAAAAGCACAACUGCUAGCAAAUAAGCACUCGUCAAAUGAAAUGCAGUGCUUCUUUCCUCCUGAGGCAGACAAUGGAGCUGGAGGUCAGGAAUCCCAUAAACAGCUUAUACUAAAUGAAAAACUUAACAGUGAUCAAGAAAACCCAAAAGGGAGUUCAAACUUUUGGCAAAUGAGCUCAUCCAAAGCCAAGCCUUACAACGUAUGCAAUUUAGACCGCAAAAUUAUUAAUCUAAAUGUGCAUCAGGAGCAAGGAAAUAUAGCAUAUCCCUCAGACAGUUUUUGUGGGAGGAUGGAAAACUACUCAAAUUCAUGUGAUGCUAUUCUACAUCCCAAAUGGAAAAUACAUUGCUCAAAAAAUGCAAACAAAGAAUUUUGUUCCUGUUCUGUCAAUAGAAAUAAAAAGACAGAGAACAGAAAAACUGAAAAUGAAAAGUCAAAAUGUGGAAGAUAUUCGGUCUUCAUUCAGGAAAAAGCAGUGGAGCUAGAUUUGUCAGGCAGUGAUACAGAAGACAUCUCAUUCUGUGAUUCCUUUAAUAAGUCACACAAUGAUGAAUUUAUGGAACACAGGACUAAAAAUUCUAAAUCACAUAGAGCAGGAUUAAAAGAACAAAGCAAAGCCUUACAAUACAGAGAUUGGAAUGCAAAUUUCUGUACUAGUUGUCAAAGAAACAAAUGUAUCAGGGAAUCUGACAAGGAUAAUAUUGCUUCUUCAUUCAAGAAAAAAAUUGCUGCCAAAAGUGUUUGUAAAAGUACACAACCAGAGCAAUUUGUAUAUGAACUUUCUGACAAAUUCAACUUAGAGAUUCCCAAAACCUGCUGCUCAAAGAUGCAUGAUACAAUUAUCUUUUCACCUCAGUACCUACCUAGCAGAAAGGUUUAUGAAAGUAAAUCAAUGAUAGGUAUCAGAAACAGACAGACCAAUGAUACUGACACAAAGAUUUUAAACUCUACUUUGGAUCAUGCCAUCCAGACUGCAACCUGUUUAAAGAAAACUACGGAGCGAAUGAUGCAAGUAGUUGCAGAAGAUCUAGCUAAAGUCAAAACUCAUCGAAGUAAGCAGUUUAACUGGUCCAUUUCAAACAUUUGAAUGUGUAUCAGUUAAAAUGUAGAAACAGAACUCUAACUGUAAAAAAAAUGUGGAUUAACAAAUAGCACAAAAGUUAAGAACAGCUGACCUCCUGCGGGUGGUAUUAGCAACAAUUUAAGAUCAAAAGAACAAAUUGGAGAGCCCAGUGUAUAGGCCAAGAUCUCUUGAAACUUGUAAUAUCUAUUAGUGAAGAAUGGCUGGACAGUAGACUUCCCUCAGCCUUCAGGUAUGGUUACAUAGAUCAAUUCUAUAAAGAACUCUAGUGUCUAAACUGUGUAAUUUAGAGCCAGGAAGAUAACAUCUCAUCCGUCACUAACACACUGCAUGCUCUCAGCACUAUCGCAAUCCAGCUCUGUAUCCUGGUUGGUACUGGACAUCACAAAGGGAAACAACUGAACCUCAUUGUUCACAGGUAAUUUUUUUCAACAAGUUUUAGCUGUGACAUUCAUUCACUUUUGGAAGGACAUAUUCAAAGAAGAGUUUGUAUUGUUAAAUAUACCCUUUAGUAAAUUGUCUUUCAGCACCCCCGUUUAUACUCCAAAAUGUCACAGUAUCUGUUGGAUUUGGCCUUCAUAAUACAGCUAAUAGCUGAAGUUUUGUAUUUCAGCAUUAUGAAUAAAAAAAAUGUCAAACAGG